AUGUCAGUUUAUAUUGUGUCCAGUAGCCGUACCCCAAUUGGCUCUUUCCAAGGAGCCUUGAGCUCAUUAAGUUAUUCUGAUCUUGGAGCUCACGCUGUAAAAUCAGCGUUAGAAAAAGUACCCAAAAUUAAACCCGAGGAUGUUGAUGAGAUCUACUUCGGUGGUGUUUUACAAGCAAACGUUGGACAGGCACCAGCAAGGCAAGUUGCUUUAGGAGCAGGGUUGCACGAAUCGAUUGUGGCUACAACUGUCAACAAGGUUUGUGCCUCAGGUUUGAAAGCUGUUAUCUUGGGCGCUCAAACUAUUUUGACUGGUAGUGCGGAGAUUGUCGUUGCAGGUGGUGCUGAAUCGAUGUCAAACGUUCCUUACUACUUACCAUCUGCACGUACGGGUGCUAGAUAUGGAGAUGCGACUAUGGUUGAUGGUCUUCAGAAAGAUGGUCUCUUGGAUGUUUAUGAUCAGAAGCUCAUGGGCGUUGCUGCUGAAAAAUGUGCUAAAGAUCAUGGAUUUACUAAAGAACACCAAGAUGAAUUUGCUCUUAACUCUUACAGAAAGGCACAAGAGGCUCAAAAGGCUGGAAAAUUCGAAAAUGAGAUUGCUCCAAUUACUAUAAAAGGUGUAAGAGGUCGCCCUGACGUUAUUGUGUCGCACGAUGAAGAGCCUAAGAAUCUUAAUGAAGCUAAAUUGCGUUCAGCUAGAACCGUAUUUCAGAAGGAAAAUGGAACUGUCACCGCUCCAAAUGCCUCAAAGCUCAAUGAUGGAGGUGCUGCUGUUAUCUUGGUUUCAGAGGCCAAAUUAAAGGAGUUAGGGUUGAAACCUUUGGCCAGAAUCAAAGGUUGGGGAGAAGCUGCAAGAAGUCCAAUUGAUUUCACAAUCGCUCCUGCUUUGGCAAUCCCUAAAGCUUUGAAACAUGCUAAAGUGUCUAAAGACGAAGUUGAUUAUUUUGAAUUAAAUGAAGCUUUCUCAGUUGUUGGGUUGGCUAACUCACUUCUCUGUGAACUUCCUCAAGAGAAGGUUAAUGCUUACGGUGGUGCCGUUUCUUUGGGUCAUCCUUUGGGCUGCUCUGGAGCUAGAAUACUUGUUACUUUAUUGUCUGUUUUGGCUCAAGAAAAUGGUAAAAUCGGUGUUGCUGGUAUUUGUAAUGGUGGAGGAGGUGCCUCAUCAUUAGUUGUAGAACGGGUUGAUACCGAUUCGAAGUUGUAA